AUGGACCACUCAAGAGAUCCGUGCCCAUGGGUGGCACUAUCAGAUUUUGGCGGCGCCUUCUCGAUGGGCGCAAUCGGUGGAUCCGUGUGGCACGGAAUAAAAGGCUUCAGAAAUUCUCCCUACGGCGAGCGACGGAUAGGCAUGAUCACAGCCAUCAAGGCGCGAGCACCAGUGACGGGCGGCAAUUUUGGCGUAUGGGGAGGAAUGUUCAGCACAUACGACUGCGCGGUGAAAGGCAUCCGCAAGAAGGAAGACCCAUAUAACUCCAUUAUUGCAGGUUUCUUGACCGGUGGCUCGUUAGCUAUAAGAGGAGGAUGGAGAGCCGCCCGGAACGGUGCCAUCAUGUGCGGCAUCUUCCUGGCCGUCAUUGAGGGUGUCGGCAUUGGUAUCCAGCGCAUGAUGGCCGACGGGACUCGACUUGAUCUCCCUCCUCCCAACGCUGCUCCUCCAGAGGCGAGCAAACUCGGCACAGUAUGA